GAAUCUCCGAUAUUUUCUUUUUCUUGACGAGAAAGAUUCAUAUUUGAUAUACAUAGGCACCAGUAGGCAUCAAUUGGUUCUUAUCCUCAAAAAACAGGACUCUGACUCAGGGAAAGUCGUAAAUGUUCAGACGGGCACAAGGAUCCCAAGAUGAUGAAGUACGUAGUGCAGGCGCUUACUUUCCAUUUGAUGUGGUCUACUUUGUAUCUGUCUUGUUUCUCUUGCAUCAUCGCUUUAUCUUUAUGAGGAGAAGCCUCAUCUACUCGGUGGAAGCUCGAAGCGGUAGUUCUUCAUCGAAGGACUCUACUACGGUCAGCCAAGAGGUCGAAACGGAUAUUUUCGACUUCGUGCUGUGCUACAAUGGACGACGAAUCUACUCUCAGAGGAACAAGGUCGUGCCAGCACAUUCUAAAAGAAAGUGGCAUUGGAAGAUGAGCAAGAACGACCGCAGGACGCAUCGACAAGACCAUCUUCUAGUCCUGUAG